CCCAAGACAGAAAGAAAGGCAACCCCGGCACCGAAUUCUGAUCUGAGAAGCUUAUUUGUUGUUGCUCAAGAGCAACUUGACAGCAAAUGGUCAUCUCAUGCAAAUAGCACCAUCCGAUGUGUAGAUCGUUUUGUUUAUCAGAAAGUAAACAAUGAGCUUCUGGCAGGCAACAAGCCAGUCCGCGCUAUCCGAUGCAAGAAUGGCAUCUGGCUCCACAUGAACCACAAAUUUCGAGGGGCCCUUGUGUUUGGCGAACAAUGAGUUUAGCCAACCGUGGGCUGAUAUCCAACGAAUGUACUUUUCGUGUCGUUUGCUCGUUCGUUGUUUCGUCGCUUCAGUUCGUCGCUUCCUGGUACGGUUGUAGCCGGACCUUUUACAUUUUGUUCCCCGGACCGUUCAAAGUAGUGAACUGGACUGUCGCCCGCCUUUUCAGUUUUCCUCGCGGGGCCCCAUUCGCUUUUUGUCCUUGUCGACCUUUUUCUCCUUUUUUGCAGGGUACAUACAUCUGUUUACCUCGUCUACCUUGCCCCUCCCCCUUUUUCUUCAAGGACCCUACCUUGGUCUUCUUGAUUGCUAGUACAUCGUCCUUUGUUCGGCGCUUUCAAUUUCUCGACUUGCGCAUCACAUACAUCCAAGCCAACCUGCAUCGCGUCGCAUGAGCAAUCGCAACCGUUGAACGGAAAACCCCAACAACGCGCCGCGCCCAGCCGUUCUUCCCGUUUGCGCUUUGCGCACUCAAAC